CUCUCAUCUCUCUAAUAUCUCACAGACACAGAGCUAGGACCCUCCUCAUAUUAUGUAGUGAUUGGGACACUCAGGAAAAGCUGACACUGAUCAGUCACCAUGAGACUCCAAUCCGCUCUGCUUCUGUCCAUGGCGAUAUUUAUCCAGGCUGUCAGCAGUCACCAGACUCAAGGCUCCGGACGAAUAAGGCUGGCAGUUCUGGCUGAGGACAGGCUCCAGAUGAAAUGGAAGGAGACAGAGGGACUUAGCAAUGGUUAUAAAGUUCUAGUAAAGCCAAUGACAGGUGACUCUGAGCAGGAGGUAAUGCUGAAAACCAAAACUCCCAAAGUGACAGUAGGAGGUCUGGACCCUGGGAAGGAAUACAUUCUCCAAAUACAUGUGAUCCAGGGAGACCAAGACACUCUGAUAGCCAAGAAGAGGUUUAUCAUAGAGAAUUUGAAAGCUCAAGUCAAUAAUGAGAAGAAGAAAUCAGAAGUGACUCCAAUACCGAGGAUCUUAGAGAUGGAACCCCCCUCACCUUCAGAGAGCAGCACAACCGACACAGAAAAGGAGCAGCUGGUCACCCUAAGCAGUAGAUCACAGGGCUCUGACGGAAAGCGGACUCCUAAACCUACCCAGAAAACGUCUGCUAAAACAGAGAGAGAGGAGUCUGCUACACUGGGUGCCCCACGAAAAGGAUCAAUGCACCAAUGUGAUACAACACUAGAGUGGGACAUUGUGUUACUUGUUGACAGCUCCUGGAGUGUAGGACGCACCAACUUCAGGCUUGUGAAAAACUUCCUGUGGGGAGUGCUGAGCCCCUUCCACAUUUCCCGGGACAAGAUCCGCAUUGGUCUAUCCCAAUACAGUGGAGAACCACAGACAGAAUGGGAUCUGAACAUGUAUUCUUCUAAAGCUGAAGUAUUAGAUGCCAUAAAGAGGGUGAAAUAUAAGGGAGGGAACACAUUUACUGGUAUGGCUCUCACCCAUGUUGUGGAAGAGAAUCUCAGAGCGGCUUCUGGGGCCCGGCCUUUGGCUGGAAAAGUAGUGAUCCUCUUAACAGAUGGGAAGUCCCAAGAUGAUGCAAUCACGGUCGCACAAACUCUCAAACAGGCUGGAAUAUAUAUAUUUGCUAUUGGGGUGAAGAACGCAGAUGAGUCUGAGCUGAGAGAAAUGGCGUCAGUGCCAAAAGAGCUUACUGUACAUAUGGUACCGGACUUCCCAAUGCUCAGCUCUUUGGUGGGAGAUGUCUCCCGAGCUCUUUGCCUCAGACUGAAGGAGAGGAAGAAGGAAGCUGAUCUUGGGUCCCGCAAUGUUGCUGUGCAUGGAACCAUUGACCCUCAUCCUAGUCCCACACAUCUAGUGGUAUCAGAUGUAACAGCUAAGAGCAUGAGACUAUCUUGGACCCCUCCACAACAACCUGUCAGGAAAUACCGCAUAGUUUACUACCCAUCGCGUGGAGGGACACCUCAAGAGGUAGUGUUAGAUGGAGAUACUUCCUCUGCCGUUCUUAUGAAUUUGACCUCUCGUACAGAUUACCUGGUGUCAGUGUUCCCCAUUUAUGUCAGUGGUGUUGGCGCAGGACUUCGUGGAAUCACCUCUACCUUGCCAAUCUCAGUUCCCCGUGCUCUUAUGGUGGAUCAGGUGGCAGACUCCUCCAUACAGUUACAUUGGCAACCAUCAGAAGGAGCCAUGCACUACCUUGUGACAUACUCAACAGAAAAUGAUCAGGGGGUAGAGGUGAAAGAGGUUAAGGUGGGAGACACAAAGGUACUUGUGUCUGGUUUGUCACCGAGCACCUUGUACAGUGUGACUGUGCUAGCUGUAUCUGGAGAUGAAUCCAGUGACCCUGUAACGGUACAACAAAUGACAGAACCAGAGCUCCGAAAUCUACACUUCACUAACGUCAGUCAUAGCUCUGUCACUGUGCACUGGGAGGUGAUGCCUAGUGUUGGACCACUCCAGCGUGUCUCAUAUGCACCUCACACAAGAAUCACUGAUAGCAGAGAGGUUGAAGUCCCUGUUGGUAGCACAUCCGUGACCUUGGAAUCAUUGACCUCACAGACUCUGUACACUAUCACUGUUACGUUCAUACAAAGAGGGCCAAGGACCAUGUCUCUUCUGAGUGGGAACAUUACAACCUUGAAGGUUCCGCCUCCUAGUGGUGUAAAAGUGCUAGAUCUCUCUGAUGACAGAGCUACAGUGUCAUGGGAUCCAGGUGCCAAUGAUGUCACUUCACAUCUGAUCAAGUGGAUUCCUCUGAGUGGGGGUAGACUAAAUCAGAUGUCGACCACUGGCAAAGAGCACACAGCAGUCCUCCUUGACUUGGAGUACAACACUGAGUACCAAGUGUCCAUCUCUGCUAGGUACAUAGAUGGAUCACAGAGCGAUGCGUCUUCACUACGCUACAACACAGGAUAUAAUCCCAAGAAAUUGCCCGUGGCCCGUGGUGGGUUUAAUACAGUACAGACAGAAGACUUGUGCCCGAUGGUUGAGGUGAAUAAAAGAGAAUACACAUUUCACGGCUAUGACAUGAUGACCGCUUUUGGCUUGGAUGAGAAGCAAUACUUUUCUAUCAGUGGGGUCUAUCUUGAUGCCUUUGUAUUAGGGGGAUCCAGGAUUUUUACAAUCUCUGAGAAUAUCCAGCUCACUGUUUGGACAAGGGAGCAUCAUCCUAAUGGGGUUCCCCCAGAACACAGCCUCAGCUUCCUUCUUCGUUUACCUCCUAAUGCUUCCCAGGAACCCUUCGCUGUCUGGCAGCUAACAGAUGAAGAUUUUCAGCCAGUCAUGGGGAUUAUACUGGACCCAAAUAAACAGUCACUGACUUAUUUCAACCCUGACUACGAGGGCAAAUUACAGGAAGUGACCUUUGAUCAGCAAGGAGUAAAGAAGAUAUUCUAUGGGAGUUUCCACAAGGUACAAAUGAGUGUAAGCAGAUUGAGUGUCCGGCUCUAUGUGGACUGUCAGUUGGCAGAAGAAAAGACCAUAAAAACCAUGGGGAAGGUGACCACUCUGGGCUUUGAGAUGUUGGGCAAACUGACAAGAACUAGAGGUCCAAGAAGUGGAUCAUCAGCAUUGCAGCUCCAGUCAUUCCUAAUGAUCUGCAGUUCAGAGAUACCAAAAGGAGAUGGAUGCUGUGAUAUUCCAGCGAUGAGGGAUGAGAACUCUUGUCCAGCUCCUCCUUCUGCGUGUACCUGCACUUCUGAUGAGCCGGGACUACCAGGCCUUCCCGGGGCCCCAGGACCACCGGGACCACGAGGACCUAAAGGAGAGCAAGGUGAAGCUGGGCCAAUGGGGGACCCUGGAGUGUCUGGGCAAGUAGGUCUAGAGGGUCCUGGAGGCCACAUGGGGUCCCCUGGACUUCAUGGAAAACUGGUUGCUGGACCAAUGGGUCCUCCGGGAAUGAAAGGAGAGAAAGGGGACAUAGGUAGACCUGGGUUGCAGGGUUCUCCUGGCCCCGAGGGUAUACCAGGACGAGAUGGGAUGAUGGGAGCCAAGGGCAUACGAGGAUUAGAGGGGACAGCAGGGAUUCCCGGACCACCUGGACCACGGGGAAUUCAAGGGAUCCACGGAAUAAUGGGCAAUCCUGGUGAGAGGGGACCUGUUGGUGAUGUUGGGCCCACGGGCCUUCCUGGCACCAGAGGAGAGAAGGGGGAGAAGGGAGAACCUCAAUCCGUUGCCACAAUUUACCAUUUGGUCAACCAGGUGUGUGAGAGGCUCAUUCAAGCCCACAUGAUGAAGCUGGACACAGUGCUCAGAGAACAAGACAUACAGCCUGUUCCUAUCUGGAGGCCAGAAGAAAAAAUAGGAGAACCCGGACCUCCAGGCCCACCGGGAGCCCCAGGAGAUCAAGGGGAGCCAGGUGUUAAUGGAGCAUCAGGACAACCGGCCAAGGAUGGAUAUCCAGGAGAAAGAGGACUUAAAGGAUACCAAGGAGAGAAGGGAGCACAAGGACAAGGCAAAGAAGGACCAGCAGGACCUCCAGGCACAAUAGGUCCACCAGGAAUGGAGAUAUAUGGAAAUUCUGGUCCCAUGGGUUCUGCUGGUCAGUCCGGUCCUUCUGGUACUCCUGGGAUCCCUGGAUAUCAUGGACCUCCUGGGGUAGCUGGUGACUGUGAUCAGUCCUCAUGUUAUGUAUCAGGUACUCAGGACCUGAAUUUUAUACCUUGAAUUCCCACUGCCCAAUGUCAGAGUGGACAAAUACAAUAGGACAUGUGUAUCCUACAGUUCAGUGAUACUGAGGAACUUUAUAUACAUCUUCACCGAUCAGCGGGAAUGAAGUCAGCUUCCACAUCACUACUACCUCCAGUUAUGCACAAUUUGUAUGUACGCAGCAGGCGAUAACACACUAUAGAUAUAACUGAGUGGCUAUAGAUAGCAGAAAGCUAUACAAUUAUUUACAUGAAAAUACUGUAAUAGGUGUGUAUGUCCUUUGUUUAUACCACUCCAAAUUAUCCAUGGCAUGAAGCUCCUGGCUCAAAUAAGGAUAUUUGUAUUGUAUGGCAGAGAUCAAAUCGUUAAAUUAUCUCUUAAUUUAUCUGAAUGAUUGGCAGAGCAUGCUGGGACAUAAUGCAAGUUGAGGCCAGAAGUAAAACACAAAGCCACUUCUCUAACUCUUGUUUUAUUGUUUCUUUAUAUUCUAGAACCAUAGUAAAAUGUGUUCAUACUUAUAUUGAGUAUUUACACUCAUUCCUAGCACACAGUUAUCACAAACAUACAUAAAUAUCCCAUUUAUUUUAAACAAAUCAUUUCAAUGACAGAGGCUGGGAGGUCAUUUUGAGGCCAGCUUAAAAGUCACAGUAAACUGUCCACUUGAUCAAUUAUUUAAUUAUUGCUGGAUAAAUGAUUUCAUUCAUUAAAAAAAAAAAUGUACAUACGUUUUUAGCUGGUUACUAUGAUAGGAAAAUAAGUGGCAAGUUUAGGAGCAAAGCAUUUUGUUUCAGUGAAAAUGGUUUGUCUGACACCGGUUGUCUGCUUGUUGGCUAUUUCCCAUCAGGGCCAAAACUAAGCUCCAAUGCACAUUAUUGAUAAUGAGAGCAGGAUGUCCUGGCUAGUUAUUUUUCAUCAUAUGUUAUAACGUGAAUCAUCUUGGAAUAUUGCUGUAUGAGCGUUUAGUUUUUGACCAAAUUUACUUUUAUAGCAAUGGUUGUACAUUAAAAGCAUUCUAGCAUCAAA